CGGGUCCUGCAGCUGGAGAAGGGAAGUUGGGGGGGGGCGCCGGACGCCCGAGUUCACGCCGGGGGCAAGGUGUCACCGUCGCCCCUCGCCCCAGCGAUCGCCGCGGCCGGAGCCCCCUCCCCAAACCGGGUCCGACCCCCAUUGAUCCGACCCGGAGAGGGGCGCGUGGGAAAAGGGGCGGGGCCUCCCGCAGGCGGGAAUCCGCGGGCAGCCAAUCAGAGCGCGGGGCUCGUUCCCACGUUCCCAUUGACAAAUCGCUGGGUGCGGGAUCCCCGCUACAACCGGGGGGGUUCCGGGGGGGCGGGAAGGUCCAGGAGACCCCCGGGGGGCUCUAAGGAGUCCCUGAGGGUCUCUUGGGGUUCCCUGAGGAUCCCGGAGGUCUAGGGGGGUCCUAGGGAGUCCCUGGGGGUCCCGAAGUGUCUCGGAGGGGUCCUGGGGAGUCCCUGGGGGUCCCGGGGGGGGGGUAAUUGAGGGGUCCUAGUGAUUCUCGGGGGGGUCUCGGGGGUGCCAUGCAGUCCGACGACCUCUUCCUCCGCAAAAUGCGGGGCCCCUUGGCCCGGCCGCCCCCGUCCCCCGCCCUCCCCGUGGCGGCUGGGGGGGUCCCCUCUCCGCCCCCCUCCCCGGGGGGAGCAGCCCCCCGGCAGCGCAGCAGCAGCGAGGCGGCCCUGGGGAGAUCCCCGGAGGACGGGGGGUCCCCGGCGGGGGUCUCCCCCCGCAGCCGCACUCAAAGCCACGAGGAGGCUGCUGGGGGGGCCAGCCCCACGUCCCCCCGCUUCCGCGACCCUCUGCUGCUGCUGGGGCUGGCGGCGGGCGGGGGGGACCCCGACUUCUUCCCCCGCCCACCCUGGAGCCCCCUCCUCGCCCAUUACGAUGUUCAGAGCAUCCUCUUCGAUCCCACCGAGCCCCCCCCGGGCCCUCCCGGCCUCAUCUCGGGGGCUUCUGCCGCUCACCUGGAGCCCGAGGAGCCCCCCGGGCCCCCCCGCGCCGCCCCCGGCCCCGAGGCGCUGGUGCUGAGCUGCCCCCGCUUCUGCUGCGAGACCGGGGGGGAGCAGGAGCCGGGGCUGGGGUCCCGCCGGGGCCCCCCCGGGCCCGGGCAGCUCCCGAAUGCGGCGGUGGCGGUGCUGGAGGAGCCCCCGGCGGGGGCGCGACCCCCGCACCCCAUCGAGCACAGCGAUGAGGGCGCGGAGUAUUACCGCAAAUAUUUCUAUGGGAAAGAGCACCACAACCUGCUGGGUGAGGACCCCCGGCUGGGGCCCGUGGCCGUGUCCCUGCGGCGGGAGGAGAAGGAGGGAGCCCGGCCCCAGGUGCUGCACAGGAUCAUUCUGCGCACCUGCCAGCUGCGGACGUUGCGGGGGUCGGUGCUGGAGGAGGCGCUGCCCCCCGGCUGCCCCCCCCGGGGCACGGGGGGUCCCCCGCGGAAGCUUCUGGAGCUGCUGCUGCCGGGGCUGGCGGUGGGGGGGCUGCGCCUCGCCCCCUCCCCCGCCGUGCAGGAGACCCUCCUCAAGCUGGACGAGCAGGGGGUGAGCCGGCAGCGCAAGGUGGGGGUGCUGUACUGCCGGGCGGGGCAGGGUUCGGAGGAGGAGAUGUACAACAACGAGGGGCCCGGAGCCGCCUUCGAGCAGUUCCUGACCCUGCUGGGCACCCGCGUGAGGCUGCGGGGCUUCGGUGGCUACCGGGCACAGCUGGACACCCGCACCGACUCCACGGGGACGCACUCGCUGUACACGACGUACCACGGCUACGAGGUGAUGUUCCACGUCAGCACCAUGCUGCCCUUCACCCCCCGCAACCCUCAGCAGCUGCUGCGGAAGCGCCAUAUCGGGAACGAUAUCGUGACAAUCGUGUUCCAGGAGCCGGGGGCGCUCCCCUUCUCCCCCCGCGCCCUGCGCAGCCACUUCCAGCACGUUUUCCUCGUGGUGCGGGUGCACGAGCCCUGCACCCCAAAAACCUCCUACAGCGUGGCCGUGGUGCGGCCGGAGGAGACCCCCCCGUUCGGGCCGGCUCUGGAGGCGGGGCAGCGAUUUUUGGGGGGCUCGGGGCUGCGCCCCUUCCUGCUGGCCAAAGCCAUCAACGGCGAGAACGCCGCGGCCCGGGGGGGUCGCCUGGGGGCCAUGGCAGCCCGGACCCGCCGCCAGUACCUGCAGGAGCUGCUGCGAGCCCACGGCGGGGGGACCCCGCUCCCCGCGCCCCCCCGGGGGCUCCCCACGCUCGGGGGCUCCGCCGGGGCGGUUCCGGUUCGGGAGGUUCGGGAGGUUCUGGGCGGGGCAGGGGCGGCGGUGGUGGCGGGGGCGUUGGUUUGGGGGGCGCGGGCAGAGGGGGGGCCCGGGGGGGUGGAGCUGCCGUGUCUGCUCGGGGUGGCCGCCGAGAGGCUCGUGGUGGUCGCCGCGCCCCCCGGGGCGGUCGUGUUCAGCUGCGCCUGCCGGGACGUGCUGGGCUGGGGCUUCUCCGAGGGGCGCCUGGAGAUUUUCCAUGGGGCGGGCGAGUGGCUCGGGCUGCGGCUGCCCCACGGCGCUGCCCCACAGGUGGUGGCCAGGCUGCAGGCGGUGACACGGGGGUGCGAGGCUCAGGAGCUGGCGCUGCCCCGGGGGGCCGGGGGUCGCCGGGGGUUCCGCGUGGACCCCUCGGGGGUGGUGACGGCCGUGACCCGCUUCUCGUUCGCCGAGACCGCGGGGCUGCGGCCGGGGGCGCGGCUGCUGCGGGUGGGGCGCUGCCCCCUCCCCCGGGGGGACCCCCGGAGGCUGCGGGCGCUGCUCCGGCGACCCUCGGGACCCCUGACCCUGCUGCCCCCCGACCGCGACGGGCGGCCCCGGCGGAGUUUCUCGGAGCUCUACGCCCGCUCUCUGGAGCAGGGCCGGGGUUCGGGGGGGGACCCCGGCCCUGGGGACCCCGGCGGUGACAUCGGCGACACCGACAGCGACUCGGGGGGCGACAGCGACGCGGGGAAGGCCGGGGGGGGUCCGGGGGGGCUGUCCCCCGACACCCUGAGGCUGCUGCAGGCGCUGGCGCUGGAUGAGGAGAGCACCCCCUUCCCCCCCGGCCCCCCCAGCCCGGAGACCCCCAAAGAGCCGAGCGGCCGCGCCCCCAGCCCGCCCCCCCUGGCUGACCCCACUCCUGACCUGCUGCUGCCGCACCACAGCCCCCCCCCGGCUGCCGACCCGGGACCCCCCCCAGUUUCCGGUGGUCCCGCGGCCGCCCCCGAGCCCAGCCCCGCCCUGGGCCCCUCGCUGCGACAUUCCCUGGGCAGGCUGCUGUCGGGGUCUGGGGACCCCCAAGAGGACGAGUGGGACGUCAUCGCCUGCCUGGCCACGGCCUGCAGCGGGGUCCUGGAGGCCAUCGCCCGGGGGGGGCAUCAACUCCGGGAGCUCCCCAAUGUGGGGGUCCAGCAGAGCCCGGCGACCCCCGAGGAUGAGUCCCAGAGCCUCUCGGAGAAGGUGGCGCAGUUGGAGGCGGCGCUGAAGCGGCUGCAGGACGAUCUGCAGGAGGGGCAGGAGGCCCAGCAGCGGCUCCAGGCAGAGCUGCGCGGGCUCCGCCGCAGCGCCCGGCGGCUGCAGCAGGGCCAGGACGAGGCCAAGGAGCGGCUGAGCCGCGUCACGAGGCUGCUGCGACCCCCGGGGACCCCCGAGAGCCCCUGAGACCCCCGGG